CUCUCUCCCUCCCUCCUUCCCUCAGCCUACGAGGCAGCAAUUACGCUUUGGGGAUAAAACGAGGCGCGGAGAGCGGGCUGGGGCAUUUCUCCCCGAGAUGGCGGGUCUGACAGCUACAGCCCUGCGGCCCGGAGUCCUCCUGCUCCUGCUGUCCAUCGUCCACCCCUCGCAGCCUGGAGGGGUCCCAGGGGCCGUUCCUGGUGGAGUCCCAGGAGGAGUCUUUUUCCCAGGGGCUGGUCUCGGAGGCCUGGGAGUAGGAGCACUGGGACCUGGAGGCAAACCAGCCAAGGCAGGUGUUGGCGGGCUCGCGGGCGUCGCCCCUGGCGCAGGGCUUGGGGCCUUUCCUGCAGGCGCCUUCCCGGGUGCUCUGGUGCCUGGCGGAGUGGCUGGUGCUGCUGCAGCCUAUAAAGCUGCCAAGGCUGGUGCGGUGGUGCCUCAGCCCGGGGCAGGAGUGGGAGUCGGAGCCGGCGCCGUAGGGAAGCCUGGGAAAGUGCCCGGUGUGGGGCUACCAGGUGUAUACCCAGGUGGAGUGCUCCCAGGCAUAGGAGCUCGGUUCCCGGGUGUGGGAGUGCUCCCUGGGGUUCCCACUGGAGCAGGAGUCAAACCCAAGGUCCCAGGUGGAGGUGGAGCUUUUGCUGGAAUCCCAGGAGUUGGACCCUUUGGGGUACAGCAGCCUGGAGUCCCACUGGGGUACCCCAUCAAGGCACCCAAGCUGCCAGGUGGCUAUGGACUGCCUUACAGCACUGGGAAGCUGCCCUUUGGCUACGGGCCCGGAGGAGUGGCUGGUGCAGCGGGCAAGGCUGGGUACCCGACAGGGACAGGAGUUGGUCCAGCUGCAGCAGCAGCGGCAGCUAAAGCAGCAAAAUUUGGUGCCGCAGGAGCCGGAGUUCUCCCGGGCGUUGGUGUUGGAGGUGCCGGCAUUCCUGGGGUACCCGGUGCAAUUCCUGGGAUUGGAGGCAUCGCAGGGGUCGGGGCUCCAGCUGCUGCUGCAAAGGCGGCUGCUAAGGCAGCCAAAUAUGGAGCUGCUGGAGUUGGAGUCCCUGGCGUUGGCGUCCCUGGCGUUGGCGUCCCCGGCGUUGGCGUCCCUGGCGUUGGGGUCCCUGGCGUUGGCGUCCCUGGUGUUGGGGUCCCUGGUGUUGGGGUCCCUGGCGUUGGGGUCCCUGGUGUUGGAGUCCCAGGUGUUGUUGGACCAGGGGCUGUGUCACCAGCUGCAGCUGCUAAAGCAGCCGCCAAAGCAGCCAAAUUUGGCGCUAGAGCCGGAGUGGGAGUUGGAGGCAUUCCCACUUUCGGGGUUCCUGGCUAUGGUGUCGGUGUCGGAGCCGGUGUUCCUGGAGCUGCCAUUUCCCCUGAAGCCCAGGCAGCAGCUGCCGCCAAGGCAGCCAAGUUUGGUGCUGGUGCAGCAGGAGCCCUAGGAGGGCUGGUGCCAGGUGCCGGAGUCGCAGUUCCAGGCGUGCCGGGCGUUGCAGGGGUGCCAGGAGUAGUGACCCCAGCAGCUGCCGCAGCCGCCAAGGCCGCCGCGAAAGCCGCUCAGUUUGGGUUAGCCCCCGGUGUUGGCGUGGCUCCUGGCGUGGUCCCCGGCAUUGGCCUUGGCCCAGGCGGUGUUGCAGGAGUAGGGGUCCCGGCUGCAGCUAAAACUCCUGCUCAGGCUGCCGCCAAAGCCCAGUUUUGGGCCGGGGCCGGGCUUCCUGCCGGUGUUCCUGGACUCGGAGUUGGUGCUGCUGUUCCCGGACUUGGAGUUGGUGUUGGUGUUCCUGGCCUUGGGGCAGGUGCAGUACCUGGACCCCUGGCCGCAGCUAAAGCAGCCAAAUAUGCACCAGCAGGGGUCGGGGCCCUCGGAGAUGCUGGGGCUCUUGCCGGAGUAGGGGUCCCGGGCGGUCUGGCAGGAGCCGGACCUGCUGCCGCCAAAGCUGCUGCCAAAGCUGCCCAGUUUGGCCUCGGGGGAGCCGCGGGACUCGGAGUCCCGGACCUGGGAGUUGCAGGACUUGGGGCUGGUGUUGUCCCAGGGGUUGCAGGCCUGGGAGGUGUGUCUCCAGCUGCAGCUGCUAAAGCAGCCAAAUAUGGUGCCGCUGGCCUUGGAGGUGUCCUAGGGGUCACCAGGCCAUUCCCAGGUGCAGGAGUUGCAGCAAGACCUGGCUUCGGAUUGUCUCCCAUUUUCCCAGGUGCCGGAGCCGGGGGCCUGGGAGUUGGUGGCAAACCUCCCAAGGCCUUCGGAGGGGCCCUGGGAGCCCUGGGAUACCCAGGUGGAGCCUGCCUGGGGAAAGCCUGUGGCCGGAAGAGAAAGUGAGCUUCCCAGGACCCCUGACUCACGACCUCAUCAACGUUGGUGCUACUGCUUGGUGGAGAAUGUAAACCCUUUGUGACCCCCCCCAACGCCCCCUCCUAAGUCCCCACCCCGGGAGGGGACAGGGCAGGCCAGGCGGACUUGGAAAUCCCCAGGGCAAGGAAACAAGAGAGCGGUGGCCAAGUGGGCCCUGGGAGGCCCCCUACUUCAGAGGCAAGGGGUGGGUGGGCUCAGCCUCCUGCCCCCAUCCCCUUCCCACCCAGGAGCUCCCCCUCCACACACUCUCCAUCUCCAGGGGAACUUGGUGCUACAUGCUGGUGCUCUCAUCUUCCUGGGGGAGGGAGGAGGGAAGGGCAGCCCCGGGGGAACCCCCUCCCUGGGGCUCCUCUGAAGAUGGUGCGGACAUUUCCCGGGCAGUCCCACCUCCCCCUGCCCACCAAGACCCACCUCUGGCUGCGGUCCAGUUGGUACCCAAGCAUCGAAAGCCUCAAGCUGGAUUCGGUCACACUAUCUCUUGGCUCCCUUGCUCCCCUCUCCCCCAUCAAUCACUAUUCCCCAUGUCUGGGACACCUUCGUAUCAGAAGACUCCUAUCGGGAAUAGCCCUCUUGCUCUUGUGGAAUUCAUCCGCCCAUCUGUCCAUCCGUCCAUCCAUCCUUGUCCCCACUUGACGGCCCAGCACCACUAGCUGGCUGGGCACCCCCACCGUCAACCUGGUUAACCUGUCAUGGCAGCCUGUGCCCUGCCUUCGCCCCACCACACACCCCCCUACACACGGGCCCAAGCCCAGGGUGUGAGGGGCUGUGCCAGCUGGGGUGGCAGGAAACUCCCCCAACCUGGGUGUCCCCCCACGCAGUACUGUAUCCCCCGUCCCUCCCUCGAGCCACUGUACUUCAGAGCAUUUCCCCCUGCCCUGCCCAUCUCUUUGUGUCUCGCUGUGAUAGAUCAAUAAAUAUUUUAUUUUUUGUCCUGGA